GUCAUUUUAAUGUAUUAGUCAUCUUGUUCUUGACAGUGGCCAGCGGAAAUGGAGUUCACCUGUUCCGUUGCGUCUCUGAGUCCGUGCUUUGCUUCUCGAAACUCCGCCAGCAGGCCGCUUACGGUUUUUCUUGAUAGUGAUUUUCAUUUCGAAGAAGAAGAAAAUGCUCGCUUAUGUUAGCUUAAAUUUCCUUCCUUUCAUUAGAGACUGCUUAUUGUCGAAGUUGGGACUAUUUUUUGAUCGCUGCUUUAUUGUUCUUAGUUAAACCCUCCUAGAAUUUUAGUGUUGAAGUCUUGAAGAAAUUUUCUGUUUGGAAAUGAAUGGGGUUUGUUCUUUCCAAAAGUAAGGUUGAAAUCAUCCCUUGUUCAAUCUGUUGUUGCUGAUACUGCUAAAUCACUAAGCAUCUCUGCUAAAGAACACAAUCCAUGUUUUGAAGAAUCUAUACCUACUACUACUGCCUACAAAGCUGAUGCAAAAGAGGAAUAUGUCAGAAAGGACACUGUUGAAGGCGUUGGUGUGAAUGAUAUGAUCCGAGUUUGUGACAAGUUAAUUGAGGUCUUUAUGGUAGACAAACCGACUCCAACUGAUUGGAAGAGGUUAAUAGCAUUUAGCAGGGAAUGGACCAAUAUCAGACCUCACUUUUAUGAACGCUGCCUGGAGCGAGCUGACAAAGAGAGUGAUUUUGAGAUGAAACACAAGCUACUUCGGCUCUCAAGGAAGCUGAAAGAGAUUGAUAAUGACAUUCAAAGACAUAAUGAACUUCUCAAGGCCAUAAGAAGUUCUCCUUGCGAGAUUAGUGAGAUUGAUUCUCGGCGUCGUAAAGAUUUUACCAAAGCGUUCUUCUUUCAUGUUAACACUCUAGCAGAGUCAUAUUAUGACAAUCCAGAAGAACAAAAUGGUAAGCUAUUUGUUGGUCUCAGUCUGAUGCCUAUCCAUUAUUGAUAAUUGUACUAGAAUCACCCUCCAAUUUGUAUUUGACUGUGCAUCUUACAGUUUUCCACCAACGUUCUGUGCCAUCUGAUGGAAGAUAGAUUACAGUACCACUGUUACCAGUCUUACCACAAUACUAGUAUCCAUUUAUCCACGCCACUCAGAAUUCUAAAAUCAGUUUUGACUUAGUAGUUAGUGGGUACUGGGUAAUGUAUAUAUACUUAUAGUUAUACUACAAGAAUAUGUACUUUUGAGUAGAUAUAUGUAAUUUCAAUAUGGAUUCCUGCUUAUUUUAUUUAC